CGAGCCCGGCGUGUACCUCGGGCCCCUGUGCGAGUGCCACGAGUGGGUGUGCGAGACCUACGACGGGAGCACCUGUGCAGGCCAUGGGAAGUGUGACUGUGGCAAGUGCAAAUGUGAUGAAGGAUGGUCCGGGGACGCUUGUCAGUACCCAACUCACUGUGACCUAACCAGGAAAAAAAGUAACCAGAUGUGCAAGAAUUCUCAAGAUGUCAUCUGCUCUAAUGCAGGUACAUGUCACUGUGGCAGGUGUAAGUGUGACAAUUCAGAUGGAAAUGGACUCGUUUAUGGUAAAUUUUGUGAGUGUGAUGAUAGAGAAUGCAUAGACGAUGAAACGGAAGAAAUAUGUGGAGGCCACGGAAAGUGUUACUGUGGAAACUGUUACUGCCAGGCUGGUUGGCAUGGAGAUAAAUGCGAAUUCCAGUGCGACAUCACCCCCUGGGAGAGCAAGCGAAGAUGCACAUCUCCAGAUGGCAAAGUCUGCAGCAACAGAGGGAUUUGUGUGUGUGGUGAAUGUUCCUGCCACGAUGUUGACCCGACUGGAGACUGGGGAGAUAUUCACGGGGACACCUGUGAGUGUGACGAAAGGGACUGCAGGGCUGUCUAUGACAGAUACUCUGACGACUUCUGUUCUGGUCACGGGCAGUGUAACUGUGGAAGGUGUGACUGCAGAGCAGGCUGGUCCGGGAAGAAGUGUGAGCACCCGCGUUCCUGCGCGCUGUCGGCCGAGGAGAGCGCCCGGAGGUGCCAGGGGAGCUCCGCGCUGCCUUGCUCGGGGCGGGGUAAGUGCGAAUGUGGCAAAUGCACUUGCUACCCGCCAGGGGACAGCAGGGUGUACGGCAAGACGUGCGAGUGUGACAACCGCCGCUGUGAGGACUUGGACGGCGUGGUCUGCGGAGGCCACGGCACGUGUUCCUGUGGUCGCUGCGUUUGUGAGAGGGGAUGGUUCGGAAAGCUGUGCCAGCAUCCACGGAAGUGUAACAUGACGGAGGAACAGAGCAGGAGCUUGUGUGAAUCAGCAGACGGAAUGCUGUGCUCCGGGAAGGGUUCUUGUCACUGUGGAAAGUGCAUCUGUUCCGCCGAAGAAUGGUAUAUUUCGGGAGAAUUCUGCGACUGUGAUGACAGGGACUGUGACAAACAUGACGGCCUCAUUUGCACAGGGAAUGGAAUAUGUAGCUGUGGAAACUGUGAAUGCUGGGACGGAUGGAACGGAAAUGCUUGUGAAAUCUGGCUUGGCACAGAAUAUCCCUAACAAUUACAUGGGGGAGAACUGGAUUCUUAAUUUUCGAGGCCAUUAGAACACAUAAAUGCGAAGGAAACCAUGUAUAUUCAGCACUAGGACAGCUCAGACAGACUAUUGUAUGUUUUUCUAUUUCUGAAUGCCUGAAUGAAAUCAGGGUACCCAUUAAAAAUGAGUUAAGCAGAUUCUGAUGUGAAUAACGCCAGAAAUAAUUUUUCUUCCAUAAUUUACAUCAGUGGUUCUCAACGAGGGCAGCUCUGUCACCCAGAAAACGUUUGGCAAUGUCUACAGACAAUUUUGAUUGUCACACUGGGUAGGGUGGGAGGGUGUGCUAUGCACAUCUAUGUAGUGAGUAGAGGCCAGGAUGCCACAAACUUCCUGUGGUGCAAAGGACAGCUCCCCACAACAAAGAAAUAGCUGACGUCAGGUGUCACUAGUGCUUGAGUUGAGAAACGCUGAAUUAGAUGGUUGUUAGAAAUACACAUCCCUAUACAAAAAAGACCAUAUUAGAAUCUAAGGAAAAGAUACAGCCUCACAUAGAUUCAUUCAUCAUAUUUUGCAGGAUUCCAUAUCUCUCAGCGUUUCCAUAUGGAGACUUGAGGUGUACAAACACAUGUGAGGUAUAAUGGGGGAGGGGGCAGAAACUACGUCACCAGUGCUUUGGGGGAAAAAAAACCUGGUCAUUUUUAGCCAGUAAGUCACUUGUCUAGUCCCACUUUAAAUUCACAAAGAAAGACUCUCUUGAGGUGAAGGUAUGAAAAAUGUACAAUUCAACAUUUUUAAUAAAUAGUGACAUAAGUUGUUUUAUUCUGUGUCAGUA